AAUAAGAAGUAGAGCCAAGUACCCUUCACACAUCCCACAUUUCAUCUCUUCACUCUACACAUUAAUCACGCACAAUUCGUCAAUUUUAAUCUGGUCCCAAAAUGCUUGCCAUUAUUCUUACCGUCGCCGUUUUCGUCGCCAGGCCACCAAAUGCUGCAGCACAGACAUCGCUGAGUGAUGUCGUGACGGACAGCUUCUUCAACGGAAUAAUUGGUCAAGCAUCCUCAGAUUGUGCUGGGGUGAGCUUUUACACGAGGCAAGGUUUUCUUGACGCUUCCAGAAACUAUCCCGAUUUUGGUACCGCCGUUACCGACGAUGACAAUAAGCGAGAAAUUGCUGCUUUCUUCGCCCACGUCACUCACGAGACGGGACACUUUUGCUACAUUGAAGAAAUAGAUGGGGCAUCCAAGAACUAUUGCGACCCGUCGAACACACAGUAUCCGUGCAACCCGAACGUAGGAUAUUAUGGGCGUGGACCAAUUCAGAUUACUUGGAACUACAACUACGGGCCUGCAGGCGACAGCAUCGGAUUUGACGGCUUAAACUCCCCCGAAACAGUUGCCAACGACGUCGUCGUGUCCUUCAAGACAGCAUUCUGGUUCUGGAUGAACAAUGUCCACUCGAUCAUGACUUCUGGUCAAGGCUUCGGUGCCACGAUUCGGGCCAUUAACAGUGGAGAGUGCAACGGUGGAAACAGCGCUGCCGUUCAAGAUCGGGUGCAGUAUUACACCGAUUAUUGUAAUCAGUUCGGUGUAUCUCCCGAUGAUAAUCUUACUUGUUAGACACCUUGACUUGAAUACCAUAUGGUCUUGCUCCUACUGUACGUGAGACCUUCGAAUAAAUGUGUACGCAUCUUAAAAAGAAAUCUCGAUUUGAAGUACUUAGUACUAUUUCUAUGCAUAAGAAAAUGUUUUCCCGUAUAUUAUAAACACAAGGAUAAGCUUUAUGAUGAAAGUAAUCGAAGGAGGAAGCACAACCCUUGCCUUGCCCUUUUGUUUGAUCGUGAGCUUCCGUGAGUGCCAAGUACUUCGAUUAAUAGUUUGCUGGAUUGCAAAACUAGCGAUAAGCUUUUCUAUACUGUAAACACUCUUUUGCUUGCUUCUUUCGGUCAGCUGAUGAUCUUAAAUUUAGAUAUCAAUCUAUCCUGAAAGACCAUCGAUUUGCAGGGAAAAGGUAUCUCUAGCCCUGUGAACGGGUCUCUAUCCCUAGUGAUAAGCUCUUCAGUAGCCCCGGGAGGGAUUCUGCUUUGCUCCUCCUCGCAAGUUCAAGUCCUACUAUACCCAAACCUGCCAUAGUAUAGUAGGUGAUGCGUAAUGCUGAAAGUCACUCUUUUGCCUUUCGACUCGCUAUGAUACUUGUUGGAGAUACUGUUGCCUCAAGAUUUGA